AGAAGGUUCUGUCUCUUCUUCUUGAUUAGUUUAUAUUUCAUUUACUAGUCUUUUCUUACCUAGUUUCUGUAUUUUCCAGCGACCCCGUCCCCAGAAAAUCUCUCAAGAACAAGAAAUCAAGUGAAACCCUUUACAACAUCGAUCGAUUUCACAUGGAUGAACAUUUGCAGAGAGAGAUAGAACAGCUAAAAUCUCUUCUGAAGUCCAGAAAAUUACAUCCCAAGAGAGUCUCAAGUGAUGAGAUUGAUUUGUUGCUUCAAGAAGAUGAAGUCUUAGUACGGCGUGAAAUGGAGACAGUCCUUCGACGGAAACUGUUCUUGGAAGAUUCUAAAAAUGAAGAUUCUUCUAUCCCCAAGGAGGCAAAGAAACUGGUGAGGGAAAUCGCGGGUUUGGAGCUGCAAGUGAUGUACUUAGAAACAUAUCUUCUUUUGUUAUAUCGAAGAUUCUUCAACAACAAAAUUACAUCUGAGUUAAAAUCAGAGGGGAAAGAGAUAUCAGAAGCUAUUCUUGGGAGUACUAAAGUCACUGAUUCACCCAAAAACGCAGUCUGCAGUCCGCAGAAAGUUGUAGAAGACUCUGGAAUAUUCCGUAGUCACUCAUCGUUGUCUCAUUGUUCAGGCUAUUCCUUUAGAAUGUCUCCCCAAGCAAUGGACUCAUCAUAUCAUCGAUCUCUUCCUUUCUCAAUGCUUGAGCAAUCUGAUAUUGAUGCGAUGAUCGGGACAUAUGUUUCUGAAAACGUUCAUAAUUCACCAAAUAGUUUGUCUGAAGAGAUGAUCAAGUGCAUCUUACAAGUAUUUCGUCAACUUGCGGAUCCCGAAUCACUCGAUGAUGAUCGAGAAUCAAGCAGUCCUCCUUUCCGCGGGAAAGAGCGACUGAAGGUCAUUAGCCGACCUUACGACAAAUUAUUAAUGGUGAAAUCCAUAUGUAGAGACUCAGAGAAGUUGAAUGCAGUUGAACCUGCUUUGAAACAUUUCAGGUCGCUUGUUAAUAAGUUAGAAGGAGUGAAUCCAAGGAAGUUAAAUCAUGAAGAAAAGCUAGCUUUCUGGAUUAACAUACACAACUCUCUGUCGAUACUUGUCUAUGGGAACCCUAAAAACAGUAUGAAAAGAGUAUCAGGGUUGCUGAAGGCAGCGUACAAUGUUGGAGGUCGAAGCUUGAACUUAGAUACCAUUCAGAGUUCAAUCCUUGGUUGCCGUGUCUCUCGUCCAGGACAGGUAUUUAGGUUCUUAUUUGCUUCUAGAUCAAAGGGUAAAGCUGGAGAUCUGGGAAAAGACUAUGCUAUAAAUCACUCUGAGCCUCUUCUUCAUUUCGCUCUUUGCUCGGGGAACUUGUCAGAUCCAUCAAACGUGAUGAUGGAGCUCGAAUGUGGUAGAGAAGAGUAUGUAAGAUCAAACCUAGGUAUUUCCAAAGAUAACAAGAUUCUUUUGCCGAAGCUUGUUGAAUUAUAUACCAAGGAUACUCAACUUUGCAACGUCGGUAUUCUCGACAUGAUCGGAAAAUUUUUGCCUUGUGAAGCAAGAGAUAGAAUCCAGCAGUGUCGGAACAAGAAGCAUGGAAGAUUCUCCAUAGAUUGGGUGGCACAUGAUUUCAGAUUUGGCUUGCUUCUCUGAGAAGAAAACACGAGUCAUGAACCGUGGUUUUUUUUCCUUUUUUUUCAUCUGAUGUGAGCGAUGAAUAUAAGAACUUCCAUUGU